AUGCACAUCACCAACUAUAACAUCAGCACGUGUGGCGUGCUGCACCCCGAGGUUUGACAUGAUUAGGGCUGUCCUUUCACGAAGUGACUCUUAAACGGGAACAUGUUGAUACUGUGGUAAUUAGUGCUGCUAUUGUUUUUUUGUUUUGAAUUGCAUUGAGUGUGAAGUGUCCGUCUUGCCCGACACGUGCCAUCUCGCUGCCACAGAGGACCACAGACCACAUCAGCCUUAUCGUGUUCGUAUCCUUCUGAUAUUGUCUCCAGCUGGAGAAGCAUAUUACUUUUAACUAAUCAAUUAAAUUAAAUCAAUCAACCUAUCAAUCAAUCAGGGCUACAGGCACCUCCUCCUCACCAUCAGCCUGAUGAAGAGCGUCCUGGGGUUCCUGGUUCCCUUCUUCAUCAUCAUCACCUGCUUCUGCCUGAUUGGUCGAGCCCUGGUCGGAGCAUCCAGAAGACCACCCUGUCGAGAGAUGAUGAGCUGUUGAGGAUGCUGGCAGCAGCUGUCCUUGCUUUCUUCCUCUGUUGGGCGCCCCACCAG